AUGAGCGACUCCAAUCUGAGACCUUCGACCUCGACACAUCCAGCACCGCCGGAGGAGAAGAACAGGUCCGUUCCCCGGUUUUCGAUACGCGCCGCGACGUGUCGACUCACUCGGAUUGAUCUGGGUUGAUCCAACCCUCAAUUUCGCGAACCAUGUCGGUGUCGGGGCCUGCGUGGGUGCUGAUCCGGCCGCUGGGAUGAAUCACAUCAAUUUUGCAGUGUCGUACUCAAAGUCGGUAUGGUCGGUGACUCCCAAAUAGGCAAAACCAGCUUGAUGGUCAAAUACGUUGAAGGUCAGCACCUAAAUUGCGGUCGAAAGGGCUCUCGAGUCACUUUCGCAACUGUUCUGCCUGUCUAAUGGUUGCGUCGGGCUCCCUAAUCCAUGCGAUAUUAUGGCGUCAUUUCCGUUUCCCCUAGGGAGCUUUGACGAGGACUAUAUACAGGUCAGUCCAAGGAAUGGGCUGGGCUCGAUCAGGUGUCCUUCGUAAUCUUGAUCCCAUCGAUGACUUUUUCUGUUUCUGGGCGACGAAAUGCAGACGCUCGGUCAGUGCUCGUGGUCUCGCCCUUUGUUGUCUCUUAUGUUACCUCACUGAAAGUGCUUUUGGCCUUGUCCCCGGUGUUUCUGUGUGCAGGAGUGAAUUUUAUGGAAAAAAGCGUUAGUCCGACGUCCGAAUUCGCACGUUGCCAGUCGGCGUGCUCAGUUUGCUGGCAUCCGUUCUCAGAUAUCGAUCCGCAAUACCGAAAUCACCUUCUCCAUUUGGGACUUGGGGGGGCAACGAGAAUUCGUAAACAUGCUACCGCUCGUCUGCAACGAUGCUGUAGCCAUCUUGUUCAUGUUCGAUCUGUCACGCAAGUCGACGCUCAAUUCCAUCAAGGAAUGGUAUCGGCAAGCCAGAGGGUUCAACAAGGUCCGUCCGUUUCUUGCAAGACAUUCCCGGCUUUGUGUGGGCAACGGACACUGAACUUCGAGGAUUGUGCGAACGUCAGACUGCAAUUCCUUUCUUGGUGGGCACCAAGUAUGACCAUUUCAACACGUUCUCGCAAGACGAGCAAGAAGAGAUCACACGACAGGUGCGCUCCCAAGUUCAGGACCCGAAGGAUCGUUUUUCAUUUGGUGCUGACCCAUUGAGCGCGGUGCACCAUCGGAUUGGGCCAUGCCAACGUUCAACAGGCGCGGCGGUUCUCCCGGGCCAUGAAGGCGCCACUCAUUUUCUGCUCUACGUCUCAUUCGAUCAACGUUCAAAAGAUCUUCAAGAUCGUCCUGAGCAAGGUGAGAUCUCCGCACAAACGGAAAUAACGAGCAGGUAAUGGCAAGCAGACCGGGAGCUGACCAGCCUUGUGACAUCGUUCCAACUAGGCUUUCGACCUGAAAUGUCCGUUGUACUGUCGGAGGUUGUCUCGUUGACCUGGCGUUUGACUGACGAUGUAUUCACAUUACCCGGACUCCAGGCACAAUACCUGAAAUUACGGAGGUGGGCGAACCCCUUCUGAUUUAUGUGGACGUUUGA